ACAAAGGUGCUGGGCUCAAUGAAGAGCCCCGGUCCAUGUAUUCCUUUGUCUUCAAAAAAAAUUAGAUUUUUAUACCAACCAUGUCAAUUCUUUGAAACCUUACGGAAAGGUAUUCAAAACUCCAAACGUCGGAUUACUUUGGCGUCUCUGUAUUUAGGAGACGGCCCGAUGGAAACUAUACUGGUCACGGACUUAUGUAACGCAGCACGACGAGGAAUUAAGAUAAAUGUUUUACUGGAUUUUUUCAGGGGUACUCGCGGCCUUGUAAAUUCGGCUUCUUUAUUGGCACCACUUACUGCUUUUCAAAAAGUAAAUGUUAGAUUUUUUCGCACACCGGAAAUGUCGACAACUCUUAUGAAGCUGCUUCCCUUUAGAGUCAACGAAGUAAUUGGACUACAGCAUAUGAAAAUAUAUUCUUUCGAUGAUGAUCUUCUUUUAACGGGCGCAAACUUAAGUCAAUCAUACUUUACUGCUCGGAAGGACAGAUACAUUUUGUUUGUAAAGCACCCACAGUUAAAUAAUUUCUACACGGAAUUAGUGGAGUUGGUGAUGAGUAUUUCAUUCCGCCUUAGCAUAGCUCGGUGCGGUUUUUUAAGUACAGUUCCAGGUAAAUACUUCUUAAGGGCUGCCACUUAUUAUCGGCAUGGAAAUUAUACGGCAGGUUUGGUGAAGUGGGAGCUUUUGCCGCCGCAGGGGAGCCUCGGUGGCUCCUCGCAGCCAGGCGAUUAUAAAUCUUAUGUAAAGACUGUUCUUUUGACUUAUCUCGAUAGAAAAAGUCUUGAACACAGUCUUGAAUCGUGCAAGGACUCUGACUCGGUGGCGCUUCCUUUACUUCAAACAAAAGCAUUGGGCAUAAGCCAGGACUACGAGGCGCUUACUACCAUGUUUUCUUUGCUUAGCCCCUACUCCUCUGUGGUCCUUUCUACUGCUUACUUCAAUUUGCCCGAAGAAUUGCAAACUUUAUUAAUCCGUUCACCAGCCUGCACUGCCGUAGUGACCGCAGCGCCUCAGGCAAACAGUUUCCAUGAAUCAGGAGGGCUUUCGUCUUGGAUUCCUCUAAUAUACUCGUCUUUGCUGAAAGGGUUUUAUCAGAAAACGUUGACUUCCUGCGGUCGAGUAAAACUUUAUGAGUAUUUUGCUGAGAAAACUACUUUUCAUUGCAAGGUUUUGCAAAAUUCUGCGUUUUUAUUGCUUGUUAAUAUCCCAGCGAAGGGUUUCUGGGCGGAACUAGGCUCAGGAAAUCCCAUCGCUAUAAGCUUUAUAGGAUCUUCUAAUUAUGGUCACAGGUCUAUUCAUCGCGAUUUAGAAGCGCAACUUCUUAUGAUUACCAAAAAUCCUAAACUCCAGCGUAGUUUGAAAAAAGAGAAAAAACUCCUUUUCCAAAGUACCACGCCAGUCGAUGAAAAAACUUUUUCCAAGGCCGACAGAAGGACUUUUUGGGCGGACUUGGCGGCCCCUCUCAUAUACACUUUUUUAUGACUUGCUUGCUGCGACGGACUUUUUCUCUAUAGUUUAAUGGACUUCGUCUACCUCUAAACAGAUGUCUUCUACGUAUUUUCUUUUAGCAUACUUAAACCCAAUGGAGACUGCGCUCCUCUUUUCCCUUAUGUUCAUAGCGUCUCAUGUUUGUGCGAACUCUAAUGCGUUAUGCCCAAAUACUUAAGACUGCUGAGUUGGCCGCUGUUAUUCCUGCCUAUUCUUACGCUUAGUUUCUACUUUUCUUACUGCUGUGCUAGUCUUCUUCGCUUGGCCUUUCUUUGUUGCUCCAUUAUAACUCAAUUUUAAGUUACUUACUUUACAGACUCUGCCUUAUGUCCUUUGCUAUGUAUCUCCUAUUGUGCCUUGUUAACGCACAGCUCCUUGUAGCAGUUUUACUUUUCUUUUAAUAUCUACUCUCUUGUUUUACGGCUGCUUAUUACCAUUCACACUCCAUCCUCAUUAUCCUUUUACCGACUUUCUAUUUUUUACCUUACACUAUAAGAGAUGAGUGGAGUCGAAAGUCAGCCGAUUCAACCUUUAUAAUGAUGCUCG